AGUAUCAACAUUAAAAUGCUACCUAUAAAAUUCUUUCUGUUCCUUGUGCUUUUGAUCAUCCACAACACGUGCGGUCUAAUAGAUUAUCCCAACUAUGAUAGUCAAUCGCCAGUCCUAAGAAAAAUCCGUUCGGGUGUAGAUACAUCCAAGCAGUUGAUUUCUAUCACGGAUUUGAAUGCCAAGGAAUCAUCAGAUGACGAGAAAUCUUAUUAUAAUAACCCUAUGAACCCUUUUUAUAUACAUCUUAGUGUACCCGUAUUAAAAACGCUCGCUAAAAAUAAACAAUAGCUUAACAUAACUAAUACUUGCC